AUGAACGACGCUCUUGUGGAAGUUGACGGACUGUUUGCUGGUCUCAUAUAUCUCGAUGCGACCGAUCCCCCACUCCCCGAGAGAACUUCAAAGAACUGGCUUCAAAAUAGCCUUGCUGCUAAGUUGAACCUUAUCUGCCACGCGAGCGAAACGCGCCCGGAGACCGACACGUCGGACGCACCAUCUUCCACCAUCGAUGAGGGCGUCCUAGCCCAAGACGCCGCAUGGUCCUCUAUUCGGGCAAUCCGAGACGGAAUGCAGAUUCUCUGGGAUCAUUUUGUCGAUGCCUCUCGGGUUCUGAGUACACCGACAAUUGUUAGCCUACGCAAGAGAUACCAUGACGCUCAAGGCCUUUGCUGUGCAGGAGUGUUUGCUCUCCGCCAUACCGUCAUUGACCAAAAGCCCGACGAUUUGGUCAGGGUAUUUGCCUUCUGUAGCUUAUCCUAUGUGGUCACCCAUCUUUUCUGUGCUCAAAAAAGGGCCAAAAAGACCGAUCUCCCAGCCGGUAUUCGUUCGUGGCGUGAUGCACUCAAGGAAGAAGACGAGCGACAAGCCUUUGAUGCUCUGACAAUCCAGAUGUGGCCAGAAGCACAAGAUCAUGUCCAUUUUCAGGAACUUGGCCCAAGGCAACCAUUGACACGUUCUACGAGUACUCACGGCCACAGCGGGAGCGCAUCUCCUGUGUCUGCUACCCACUACAAAUGCUCCAUACAACCAUUUCCUAUUGACUUGAGCAGCACGCAACCAUUUGGCAGCGACCAGCUGGGUCAAGGACUCUCCAGUAUCAUGGGGGGAAGCCUCGUCACGCUUCAGGAUAGAUGGCUAGAUAACGAGCAAGUCAAUAAUGGCACGACAAACACCUCCACAGCCUUUGGCCAGAACCCACAAAGCUUCACAGAUCCAACAAAUAAUACUCUUUACUACACUGUAACAAAUGCAGAACCGCCUGUAUUCAAUAACGAGCCUUCCACAGACUCCUUUGCCUGGUCAGACUCGGGCUCCAUGCUCGACAUGAUGGAACCACUGGACUGGACAGAAUUUGGGGACCUGACAAGUCAAUCAGCCAGCUACACUGAGCUCGUCACCAAUUACACCCAAGGACUGAGUGAUACAGCCCUACCGGAAACAACAACUUGCGAUAGCGCUCUACAAAAGACAUCCACAUUCAUGGUUGUCAGAGAGUAUAUCCACGACAACUGCAACUUUUGGCGUCGACUCGCCGGGUCAGGUUUAGUGUCAAAAGAUCACAAAUCGCGUUCCUCAUGGUGGGAAACACCACCAUCCCGCAAGGAGUGCAGGCAGACAUCAUCAUACAUCCAACAACUGCGAGCUGUGGAACACACUCGCAAAGCAGAAUCACGUGGUAUCGUCGCUGUUGCUGAAGCUUACAUCAGAUGGGGGUUUCUUCAAAGUGUCGAAGAUACAAAGCUCUAUAUGGCAGAACUGGGAGACGUAGGGACAAGUAUGAGGGCAACCUGCGAAGACACAUAA